UAUAGCCGCAUAGCUCGUAUAUCGACGGCAGCCGUAUAGUGUGUAAGGACUGAAGCCAGUACACUGGGGGUAUACGCGUACAGAGGUUCCCACCAGAUGUUAGUCGUCCUUCGCCAAAGCGAGGCUGAUGCCCGCUCGACGUCAUAGGAAAUUCGAGAUGUGUAGGCUCUUGGUGUGUUACACAGUAUGGCAGAGCUUGGUAGAGUGUGUGUAGUGUAAUGGCAGGAUGCGUAGACGGAGCGACACUCUCUGAAAAAUCGACGGAUUUCCUGGAUCUUUGUGUCUAACCUGACCGGUUAGAUCUACUCAGUACGUGUAGAAAUCAGUUCUCUUCUCACUGGAUAUGGCUGCCGUGUACGCUUUGGUGGAAAUAUGGAGCGAUUUAUUGUGAGCUACCUCGAUAUUGGAUCGAUGGGUUUUGAUGCCUUUGGUUUGAACCGACCAGGAAAAUCGUGCAGGCGUUCAGCCUCUCAAAGACACAGGCAGGCUCCGAGAAGUUACGGUACCGGUAGUCGACUAGGAGGAGGGGUUAGUUCUUCUUACUCAUCAGUGAACAGACGGGAUUUUACCGUGGCGAGAUGAUUCGACCGUAGGAGGCAAGACUUCAGAGUUUUACCUAUAUAGUAUGUGAUGAACCUGUGUGUUGUUUCUUCGUGUGAAUCUGCGUACAUAUACAUGUGUUGUGCUGUGUGAUUACUGGUUAAAUUCAGCACGACGGAGGGCCGCAGCCGAAAAAUUUCGAGGCGUGAGGACUGGAGGAAGAGGAAGGGGGGUAGUAUGAAGCAAAGAGACGCGGCACAAGUUCUCCUCUUUUUGUUUCUUUUCGUCUUAACCAUGAUCACCCUGUCUCAGAUUCUCAUGGUCCACCACAGCGGUCGCUAUGGUAAGAAUAUUAAGACGACGACGAGGAAUGUGCAGUUGAGCAAAAAAGAGUUGAUCGCCUUAGACCGGAGUAUCGAAGCGCUGCGCCGGUCACAAGUGCCCCCUAUCGACGUCUUUAGAAAAUUAUUACAAAACGAUAUAUACGCUAAUCGUAUUGUCUCCAUAAUCAGGGAAGCCAGUAGCAACGGUAGCCGUAACCAAGGCAACCAGGGCGAUUCUGGCGGUGAAAAUGGAGCCAGGGCGGAAAUUCGGCCUAGGAAGGCGAUGACCGAUCCAAACAGAACUCCUGAGUUAAUCAAAAAUAAAGAAUCGCUCGAUUUUUUGAACAAUCUCAAUUACCGAGUGGAUAGAAAGAAUUCGACUAUGGUCCCAAGCCGCAGUCAGAACUUGACCGGGGGAUCCCUCGAUAAUACGUCACUGCCAGGCGCCAGGGAUACGUGGCGGAAUCCCCACCUUGAGGGAGAACAAUCUAGUAUUAAUGGGCAAUAUUCUAACCUGGAUAUGUGUGAUCCGGUGCCAAAAGUACUCCUGGGUCGUGUGUUCGUAAACUUCAAUCAUACUCAUAAUAUGACGAGAAAAGACGUGAUCAAGCAGCAUCCGGACUUAGAGUUUGGCGGCAUGUGGCAACCCCCGAACUGCGUGGCCAGGCACCGCGUGGCUAUCAUCAUACCCUACAGAGACCGUGAACAGCAUCUCGUCACUCUCCUCUCACAUUUACUGCCAAUUCUCAAAAGACAAGAGCUCAAUUUUCACGUAUUCGUCACAGAGCAGACGGGAAACGAUACGUUCAACAAGGCUCGGAUCAUGAACGCCGCUUUUAAAGAAGCCAUCAAGAUGUAUGACUUUCAGUGUUUUGUCUUUCACGACGUAGAUCUCAUUCCAGAAGACGACCGCAAUAUGUAUUCUUGCCCUGUCCAACCACGUCACAUGUCAGUAGCUAUCGACGAGAUGGGGUACAGAGUACCGUACGAUUACCUCGUGGGUGGCGUGCUGAGCAUGCGUACGGAGCACUUCCAGAUGGUGAAUGGAUAUUCCAACCUAUACUGGGGUUGGGGAGCAGAGGAUGACGACUUGGCUUUUAGAAUUCUUCACGUUGGACUGAAGAUUACCCGUCCGCCAUCAAAAGUUGCCAGAUACAAGAUGAUAAAACACGAAAAGAGAACGCCAACAGAUUGGAGGAAAAGGAGCCGGUUAUUAAGAACUGGAGUGAGGCGGUUCAACUUUGAUGGUUUAAACAGUGUGAACUAUAAUUUGAUAUCAAUUAAAAAGACACCUUUAUUUACACAUAUACUAGUUGAUAUAGGAAAGCCCCCGUCAUUAUCAUAACGACAUGUGUCUGUGUGAGUGUGGUAUUUGGAGUUUGAAGAAUACUGCUAGGCGCUGCAGGCCAUCUUGGCUGGACUUUUUGACCGUGGAUGGCGACACACGUGAUGGUGACGUCACGAGCCACCUGGAUGAGACGACGAACGCAACUGAGUCAAGGGAGUUAACACAGGGAAUGUGCCUUCAAAACUACUGCUAUGUUUUCUCCGAUGGGUGUCUAUAACACGACUUAUACGGCAUUCGUACGUGGCGUUCCAGGAAUCUUCGUUGUUUAUUUAUGAACAGAUUUUGUCAUUGACUGGAAUCGACCUCAUGUCGGACAGUGAUUUGCAGAAUUGAAUUAUCCAGGGAGGUUACGUGGAAGGACGUAAACGUAUUCGGGCUGAUCGUUGAAAAUCUCGUCAGCUAUAAUGCGUGGACCAUAUAACCUGGCUGUUUCAAUCAGGGUGAUAAAACAUGUGGAUUUGUGUUUUGUUUGUCUCUGUACAAUGUGACUUACCGAACUGUUGACUGUUCACUUUUUUAAAUAUAUUAUUUUCAACAUGUGACUGCCCUGGGCUACGGUUUUAAGCAUCACGUAUACAAGUAGCAUGGUUGUCCAAAGGUGAAUUAGUAUUCAACCUUAUCCUUUCUGCUUCGAAAGAAACAUGUUCAUUAAGUCAUUUUAGUUUUUAGGUAUUCUUUUUUCUUUUUUUAUGUGUUUAUUCAUGUCACCCAAGGAAAAGGGUACUUUGUCAACGGCAUUUACAACCUAGAUUCAAUCUGUUGAACGGGUAGCAAUCAAGGAGGCUCAAAAAAAACUUUAGUACUUGCCCUUUAUUACACUCUAGUCUUUUUUCACGGAUGGGUUUCAUUCUCGUUUAAAGUGUUCAGACGUAUCCGUUUGUCCGAACCGUAUGAAAUAGGACCACUAAUAUUGUACCGUUUAUCUACUGAAGGAUUUAUUUAUUCGCGGUGCCAUUAAGCAAGACGUUUAAGCCUAUGAGGCAUGAGUUUUAGACCUUAUGCUAAAACUGUUAUGCGAAAUUGCCCCCCACCUUAAAAGUAUCUUAGUCCGAGUCGUGGUCCGCAACUCAGGUUUAGAAAUGAGUUUUGGACCAUGAAAUGUUUUAUGAAAUCAUUCUCUGUUUAAAUGAUCUUUAUAUAUUUUGUUCCCCAUCACAGAAUAUUGGUGCUUUGGAUGUUUUACUGUGUCCAUUUACUGGAAGGCGCAGAAUCGCAGAGGUAUCAUUUACCGUUUCUGUAGCCACACGAAUGCAUCAUUGGCUAUAUAAAUGUCCAUUUAGCUGGUCUAUGAAACAACGCUGAUGUUGCUAUAUUGUGAUUCGCUUAUUUAUUACAUGUGCUGUUUUGGCGUUUUAUUGUUAUGACAUCGGGAAUUAUCGCAGGAAGCUUUCAGUCUGUACUUGAUGUAUACAUAAUACACCUUUAUUUACAUGGACCUAAUACCCGAUGACCGCAACUGAAGAUUGUAUAUGGACAAUCUCGUUACACCUCACCUGCUGUCGCUUUUAGCUACUGCCCAGCGAGCCCAUGCUGAUGCCGAGAGAUGUGUCCACUGGUAAAAUGGUCUCUGUUGUAAAUGGCGUUCUGUAAUAUUGAAACAGUAGAAUAAGAAGGCUGGAUCAUUGACAAAUGUUAAAAAAGUGUUCGGUUGUAAGCCCUAUGCAUGGUACUCAUGCAUGAGCAAACAUAUUACAUUUUUGAGAAUACCGAGACAUUUUGAUCAAGUAUUAAAUGGAGAUGAUGGAUUUUGAAUCUGCAUUCAAGAUGUGGGGAUGGAACACAGGCAGAUGACAAAGACAUUUCAUUACUUUGAAAGUAUACCAGCCUACAUCAAUAGAACUGAUUAUUUAGAGGUCACAUAUAGCCUUGACCAGGAAAUAUCCAACAAACGGAAGUGAUUAGAGACAAUAGUUUUCUGAGGUUUCAGGCUUCCUUCAAAAUUCGUUAUUCAAGAUUGAUUUUUCUAUCAAUAUUAUUUCAGUCCGAUUUGCCUGUUCUGACUGUUUAUGCUCGGUCUGUAUUUCUAAUUGGUUCGUCUACUUUAAAGAUCAGUCAGUAGAGGCUGUAUUUGGAUGCGCUUGGCUUCUCUGUCAUGGUUACGUUAUUGUUCAUAUUGUUUAAAUCAUGGAUAAAAAAAAGGUUAUAUGUGAGGUUUUUUCAACUCCGCAAGUGCAUAGAUUAUAUAUUUGCUUUCAUUUAGUUAUUCCAUUUUUUUUUUUUUGUAUUUUGAGAAAUAGAUCUUGAAAGUACGUACGGUUAUGUUAUUGGCUGUGUAUAGGCUCAAGAGAAGGGUCGUUUCAACGUGUGGAUCAAAUCUAGUCAAGACAGACAAUACGUGACAGAAUACCUUCAUGAUCAUACUUAGUGCAUGCACACGCCACGACAUGUAAAGUGUUCUGAUGCAACGGCUAAGUUACCUCUUGUGACGAUGAAUACCUAUAAAUUUGUACCGGAAACGAGUUAUUCAUUAAUGAAUCUCCUCAUUAAUGGAAAUUCUCCAUCGAUGUGCAAUGUCUGUUAUCCGUCAAUGUGCAAUGCCAACUUGGCUUUGUCACAGCAAUAUUUUAAAUAAACAAAGGAUCAGAUCUGAAAUUAUGAACCUCACUGGUAUACAUUUAACGACUUAAAACCGGGGCCGAAUCCACAACGCGAUUUUUUACUUGAAUCAAAACUUAAAACUUGGAUACGAUACGCAUUUCUUGGCCACAAGAGUUCAAAUUCUGAUACAUUUAUCUUAACAAAGAACUUCCUACUUUUAGCUCAUACGGUCUCAUGCGGUUAAAUUGUAUUCCACAUUUUUGCUAAAGUCAAAUGAGGCUUAUCUGUUUUGAACGAUUCUGUGCGGACUUAAUGGAAUUGGAUUAAUGGGAAAUCCUCUGCUUAAAACAAAUUUGGUUUGUAUCAGUGUAUUGUGUCGUUUAUUCCUGUGUUAUUGAUGUCUUUGAUGACGAAGUGGGGGGUCAAACGCUUAAGUAGUACGCUUGUAUGGCUGUGCCAUGCACCAUGAGUACACUACACCUUGGAACCCCAGUCGCCGGCGUCAUUGAGCUGCAUGGGAUGCCCUCAUUUUGUCUCCAUUUGAUUUUCCGUUGGAAUUGGCGAGCGUAGAUUUUAUUUCUUUCAUUUGUACACAAUUUCAAAUCUAGUCUGUUAAAGGUUUCUUGUUACAUAGCCAUGGAUUCCUACAAAAAGUGAGCACAGAGUGGAGUCAUAAUGACCAUUAUCGAUUUCAUACCAGGACAAUUCCAUGAAAGAUGUAAACCAUCGUAUUAAUAAACUCACAGGAGACUCGCAUGCGUAGAUGUGUUGGGUAAAUGUGAUAUGGAUAGUGCGCAUGUAUCUGUUGUCCUUUUCCCCCCGAGCUUCCGGCCUGUGUUAAGUCAAACUUUCGUGUCGCGUGCUCUGCUAGCAUAAUAGACUGUCAUUCUUAGAAGCGAAAUGUUUUGGUCAGCAGAUUGUUAGAAUUUGACAUUUGUAAAAAGACGCCUUAUAAUAUUUGGAGAGGUAUUAAUAGUUCUUCAGCAAGCUGACUACAAACAGUGUUAACGGCCCGAUCUCAUAGUUCCCUGCGAAGUCCCUGGCUGGAAGUCCGAAGAUGGACGCUGUUGCCUGCAUUGCUUGCUAAGUGACAGAGAAAAUGAUAAUCCGAAUAACAGGAUAUGUAAUCAUUCUUAUCGUGAACGUUUUUGUUGUGUCUGGGAAGGAUUGUUAUGGGUUAAUAAUUAUGGAAUAAUAAAAUCAUGUUUAUUAUCACGAUAAUUAUUGGUAAAUUAAUAAAGAAAUGACCGAUGAUAUUUA